UACCUUACCUCAAAAGGUGGUACCUUACCGACGGCAUCCUCGUGACGUAGUGAAUGCAGGCACCGCAAUUGCUUCCUCCACCUCCCAACAACCCCGACCACCUACUACGUACUCAUCAAACGAUUCAGACGGUUCGACAACGCGACUUCGACUGCCAAUCCCCCACAGUAUGAUCGAGACGAAUGCGCUGUCGCGAUGACAGACCAGACGCCCUCGACAGGCACUGGCCGCGCCGAUGAGUCUGAGUCUCCCCAGCUGCCCAGCUACGCGCCACGCGACGAUGAUCAAGGCAGCGUGACCUCCAGACACGAGGAAGACCUAGCAACCCCGUUGGCGGAUGUUGGACGACUCGAAAACCAAGGCAAAGCCAGCGCUGCCAGGCCCAAGGGCGAUGACGACGAGCAGGACGAUGACGACGAGGAAGACGAAGACGGUGAAGGUGUCGAUGAGGAUGAUGAGGACGAGGAUGACGACGAAGACGAAGACGAAGACGAAGACGAAGACGAAGAACCACAGCUCAAGUAUGCGCCCAUGACACAGCACCUGCGCCCUCUGUACCGCAAUGGCGAUGCAACGAGUUCGUUCCUCGUGGCAGGGGACAAAAUGAUCGCCGGCACACACAACGGCAACAUUCACGUCAUCCAGCUACCUGUCUUUCAGUCACUGCGGGUGUAUCAUGCACAUGCUGCGUCCGUGACAGGCAUCUCGAUAUCCCCGUAUCCCCCACCUCUUCCCAGCGACAAGCCUCAAGUUCCGACACGAAGCGCCACCCACGCAUCCCAGGACCGACCCGGUUCGCAGCAGUCCAAUGCACCGGCUGCCUCGUCUCGAAAGCCUCGGGAGGCUCAGCAGGUGCCAAAGACGCCCUCAAACGACAUCUAUAUAGCAACCUCGUCCAUGGACGGCAAUGUCUGCGUUCAGUCCUUGUUAGACCUGAAGGACGUACAGUUGCGCAAUUUCGCGCGGCCGGUGCAGGCUGUUGCUCUAUCGCCAGAAUACAAGAGCGACCGGACCUAUAUCUCAGGUGGUCUUGGUGGACAGCUUAUCUUGACCGUGGGCGGUGGACCAGGACGAAGCACGUCCACCACGACGGGCGGCGCUGCUGCCACCGCAUCAGGAUGGCUCGGCAGUAUGGGUCUCGGAUCGAACACAGGCAAGGACACGAUCUUGCACUCGGGUGAGGGCACAAUCAGUACCAUCCAGUGGUCGCUUUCCGGAAAGUAUGUUGUCUGGCUGAAUGAACAUGGCAUCAAGAUCAUGAGGUCCCACCUGCAUCUCGACAGCAACCACACCGACGACGCGUGGAAGCGUAUUGGUCACAUUGACCGUCCUAACACGGACGAAUGGGAGACCAUGGCUGGCGUCUGGAAGGGGCGGGUUGAAUGGAUAGAUGAGACUGCGUUCGAGACGCAGCCAGUGAACGCGGGCAGCCAGGGAACGCCAGCAAUGUCAAAACUACGAGAGCAGGCGACGCUGUCUAAUAAAGGAGUCGAGCGUCUACUGGUUGGCUGGGGCGGCACUGUCUGGAUCAUACACGUCCAUCCCACCGGCAAGGGUACUGGUAAACAUGCAGGGGAAGUGAUACCAGGUGAUGCGCAAAUCGUAAAGAUUCUGCGACUCGACUGCAUUAUUUCUGGUAUUUCGCUGUACACCCACAACCUCAUGGUGGUCCUGGCGUACGUGACGGCAGACGACGACGACGAGCAUACGGACGACGAAGAGGAUGUGCCUCACGUCAAGGGCCACAAGUCAAAGCACUCCUCGUCUUCGAUGGGGAGUCAACCAUCAGGGGGAUUGCCACGCAAAGCCAAUCACCUUCGACCUGAGUUACGGUUGAUUGACCUCGACACGUCCGAGGAGGUCAGCGCGGACAGCCUCAAUGUCAGUAGGUAUGAGCGACUGUCGGCCAGAGACUAUCACCUCGGCAUCCUGCCGCCGCGCAACGCCGCCGCUGUUGCGUCAUCGCGAGGCGUUCUCGAUGCGCUGGGUGGCAUUGGCAGCAGCAUGUGGAAUGCGACGGUCAACCCCGGAUCGCUAUUCAGCUCAGGCGCGAGCAUCCGAAGUCGAGGCAGCGGUGAAGAGGCGAGCAUCAUGACUGGUAGCACCAGAGGCCCCAUGCGCUCGGCUUCGAACCAAGCAACGACGGUGCAUCCUAACCUGGUCAAGCCCGGCUCCAAGAUCUUCAUCCACAGUCCGUAUGACUGCAUUCUGGCAACAAAAAGAGACCUUGCCGAUCAUUUCCAAUGGCUGCUGGAGCGACAGCAGUUCAGCCAGGCAUGGGAACUUCUGGACGAGCACCCUGAGAUCUGGGCUCCGGCAUCCGAGCAGCAGACAGCCCCUCGAGGAAACGGGGACGAACCUGCCGAUGAUGACUCUGUCACGGAUUCAAAUUACAAUAAGAUGUACUCGUCUGUUGAGCGUGAAAAGGGACGAAUCGGUGAGCUCUGGGUGCAGGAACUUGUCGAAGAAGGAAAAUGGCUUGAGGCGGGCAAGGUCUGCAGCAAGGUGGUGACCACGCCAGACCGCUGGGAGAAAUGGGUCUGGGCCUUUGCCGGGGCAGGCAAGUUUGACGAGAUCACCAACUUCAUACCGACCGAGCCGACGAUACCGCCCUUGCCGACAACUAUAUACGAGGUCCUCCUUGGGCAUUACAUCAAGACCGACAAGCCCAGGUUUAGAGAGCUUCUGGAUCGUUGGUCGACGGAACUCUUUGAUGCGCGAACCGUUACAACAGCGCUGGAGAACCAGCUGAAAUACCGCGAUGUGCGCGAGGACAGCGUCGAAGAUGGCGAGAAGGGUCGCGACUGGCGGAUCGUCGUGGAGAGUCUGGCGCGAUUGCACGAAGCCAUCGGGCGGUACCAUGAGGCGCUCAAGUGCUACAUCAAGCUGCAAGAUGCCGACUCGGUCUUCAGGCUUAUCAGGGACAGUCACUUGGCUGAGGCUGUUGUGGAUGACAUUCCCGGGUUCAUCGGCUUGAGGGUCUCGGCCGAGGAUCUACCAAACAUGUCAGAGCAAGAUCUAGAGGCUGCAACGGCCGAGGCCAUCGCACUACUCGUGGAUGAAGCCCACCACGGCCUAGUGCGCCCCGACACGGUCGUCGAGCAGCUCCAAGCCCAAGAGCUGCACCUGUACUUGUACUUUUACCUGCGCGGUCUGUGGAAGGGCGAUGGCCUCGAGGAGCGCACUGGGGAGAACGUGGAUCGCCUUGUCAUGGACAGCCAGUCGCUAGUCGACAACUAUGCUGAUCUAGCUGUGCAUCUAUUCGCAAUGUACGACCGGCCGCUCUUGAUGGAAUACCUGAGAACAUCGACAUCCUACGUACUGGAGAAAGCUGUCCAAGAGUGCGAGCUUCACUCGUACGACGACGAGUUGGUGCACUUGUAUUCCAAGACAGGGCAGAUGAAGCGCGCACUGUAUCUCAUCAUCGACCGCCUCAAGGAUGUCCACAAAGCCAUCGAGUUCGCAAAAGAACAGGGCGAUGAUGAUCUAUGGGACGACUUGCUCAACUACAGCAUGGACAAGCCCAACUUCAUCCACGGCCUACUGGAGCAAGCUGGCACCGCCGUCGAUCCGAUCAAACUGGUGCAGCGUAUACCCGAGGGACUCGAGAUCGAAGGACUCCGCGAGGGCCUCACGCACAUGAUGAAGGAGCACGAGAUCCAGUACAGCAUCAGUUCCGGCGCUGCGCGGGUCCUCCGGAGCGAAGUCGCGGGCGCGCAAAAGGAACUCCGCACCCGCCAGAGAAAGGGUGUCAAAUUCGAAGUCGUCGUCAAAUCGAGGAAGCACGUUGACAUGGAAGCCAUGGAGGCAGGCGACGAGGACCAUGAGAAGACACAUGGCGUCCGCGUGCCGGAGCCAGGUCACUGCGCGCAGUGCCAUGAGCCGUUUACAGAAUACGAGAUGGAGACGUUGCUGGGGUAUGCCUGCGGGCAUGUCUACCACGUGAGUCACUUGCUGGAGCUGAUACAUGAUGGGAAGAAGGCGGACGUGGAUCUGGGGCCGCCCGCAGAGGGAGGACGGUACAGCGUGAGCAUGAAGGUGAUGCGAGCGCGAUUAUUGAGGGAUCAGGCGCGCGAUGGCUGUCCGCUAUGCCAUGCGGCAUGAGAUGUCGUUGACACAACUUGUUUCAUGCCAUUUUAUGCGGGAG